AUGACUGAGGCCGAGGGAGUGAUCCGCAACGAGUCUGGGUACAUUACCCACACGGGCAAAAAGGAUUUUGGGCCCCUCGAAUUCACUGGCAAGAUAGGUGGCGGGCUGAGGUUAGACUUGCGUCGGCGGCUGCCGUUGUACGUCAGCGACUGGACGGAUGCUUUCAAGGCCGAAAACUUCCAGAAGUCCGUGUCGUCCAUUUUGUACUUGUUCAUCGCCGCUUUGGCGCCUGCCAUCACUUUCGGGAGUAGGUUCUUGGAUGGCACCAACGGGUACCAUUUGGACCUCUUCGUGCGCGGAGCACUGACUCUCCCCGUCUGCGCUGUUCUGGGCUUGCCACUGUCUGUGGCUUCCACCGUGCCCAGCAUCACGCACGUGAUCUCCCUGACCACGUACGAGGUGAAGCAGCUGCCUGAGGGGGAGCAUAAGGUCCCGACCAAGGUGGUGGAGCAGCGUGCUGAUCGGAUGUGCACUAUUCUUGGCCCCUGUGCUGAAGUUCCUGCCGCGGGCCGNNUCUUCUUCUACAUGGGCAUCGCCUCCCUCACCGGCAACAACUUCGAGCGCCUCUUCCUGUGGCUCAUCUGGGACUCGGCCAAGUACCCUCAGUACCACUACAUCUGGAAGCUGCCCAUCAGCCGCGUCCACCUUUACACCUUUGUGCAGCUGAUCUGCUUGGCGAUCCUCUAUGGCUUGAAAGCAAUCAAGGAAACGAGCGUGGUUUUCCCCUUCUUCAUGGCCUCCCUGGCCAUCAUCAGGAAGGGCCUGCGCUGGAUGUUCACCGAGGAGGAGCUGCAGCUCCUUGACAGCCUGCCGGAUGAAGACGAGGAUGGCGAGGUGUUGAGCACAGAGAAGCCGGACCUUAUGAACCUCGAGAAGCCCGAGAGCGAGAAGGUGGAGGUGGAGAUCUGCGAGCAGACAGUGCCGUCGCGCGGAGCUUGGGUUGUCGACAGUGCAGCCCUUGACCGGGCACGGCGGAAUCUUUUCAGCUCCGUGUUUGCGGUUGCAGUGGGACUCACGUCAGGCAUAUUCGUCAUCACUGGCAUCGCUGCCAAGCCAACAGGGUCCGGUUCUGUGUACUUGUAUGCAUACGUGGCCUUUGGUGAAAUCUUCGCCGUUUUGUUUGGACUGAAUGUGCUGGUGGAUUAUCACGUUGGUGCUGCAAUCGCAGUGUCCUCGUGCGCUUCCUACUUCCGCAAAACGCUUCUCAUGAUGCUUCCUUCGAUUUGGUUGCCGAGCACGCAGGUCUUUUCGCUAGCUUUGGUGGGUGUGCUGACGGGCAUCUUAUCUGUUGGUGUGGAAAACGGAUUAAAGCGUGUGAAUGGCUUGCUGGUGCUCAGCAAGCUGGUGAUUGUGUUUAUGAUCAUCGGCAUUGGAUCUACCAAGGUUCAGCUGGAGAAUUUAUCUCCAUUCUUCCCGUGCGGCUUUGGGCCGGUGGCCAGCAUGUCCGCAACCUGUUCUUUUUCCUUCGUAGGAUUUGGCACCGUGACAAAUGCUGCGGAAGAGUGCCAAAAUCCUCAGCGGGAUUUGCCUAUUGGCAUUACAGUGUCUCUUCUCAUCUGUGCACUGUUGUACAUACUUUUUUCACUUGUGCUGGUGGGCAUUAUUCCGUACACAGAGAUAGACGAGGCGGCACCGGUAGAGGCAGCUUUUGGCCCGCAAUACGCCAACAUCCCCUGGGUUGCCUUGCUGGUCAACUGGGGCGCAGUCAUCGGCCUUUUCACAACUCUUGUGACUGGGAUGUAUUCGCAGGCUCGAAUGUAUCUCGCCAUGGCUCGAGACGGUCUCUUCUUCCAGCCAUUCGGCCGUGUGUCUAGCUUUGGAACGCCUGUCAAUGCUCAACUCCUUUGUGGAGCCAUUGCAGCCGUAUUGGCAACCUGUCUCCCAGUGCAGGGCCUCGUCCUUUUCCUGAACAUUGGAGUGCUUUUCUCUUAUACCAUUGUCUGUGCCGGGGUUCUGGUGCUUCGAGCCGAUUCACCAGAAAGAGCUGCUCAGUGGGCUGCCGCGAUGACCUGUGCAGCGAUCGUGGCCUCAACCAGCUCCACGUACAUUUGGCAGAGCUGGUGGGCUCUCUGCGGUACGCUGGUCUUCGCACUUGCUGUAGUUUUAUGUUGGAUUCCGUUCUUCAAGUACAGCUACUCCAGACCUGGCACGUUUGCCUGUCCUGGAUGCCCUGUACUUCCUUUGCUUGGGCUGACAAUCAACGGAUACAUGCUUUCACAAUGCCACUGGCAGGCCUGGCUUCGACUGCUCGCGACGACGAUUGCCAUAGUCGCUGGCUAUGCUUUUCGAGUCAGACGAGCACUGAAGCUACAAGGACGAAGCAAUUCAAGCGACGAGCUGACGGUGUCGCUGCCGACAGUUGAGUCUGCCGAUGUUUCCAGAUAG